AUGUCCAAGGAAUUUCUGGCGAUCCUGAUUUUUGUGGAUUCGGCUAUGCGUUUAACAUUGGCUACACCCAUUAGCUUGGACAAUACUGGAUUAGAUCAUAAACGAGCUGUCAGCGCUUUCGAUACAUUGGGAGGAAUCGGACUUGGAAAACGUUCGCAACUCAGCGCAUUCGAUACAUUGGGAGGAAUUGGACUCGGAAAACGACCUGCUCCGAUCUCACAUUUUGAUACUUUGGGUGGAAUAGGGUUGGGCAAGCGAGCUUCGUUUGAACCUGAGAUCGAUCCGGAUUUAAAGAAGAAUGGGUAUAUUUGGAUAGAGGAAGAUCCAUACAACAAACGAUCUGCCAUGCCAUUUGCUCAUUCAAAUGGACGACAUUCCGCUGAUGACAAAAGAGCAUUAUCAGCUUUCGAUACACUUGGAGGUAUUGGACUUGGUCGGCGGUAA